AUGGUUGGGUUUCGUCGUUCACUCUCGUUUUCCACGCCAAGUCCGAGACGCCCAACACUGGCGGAGAAAUCCUACCACGUCAGAUCCAUCAGCCUCCCAUGUAAAUCUCACCCGUUGCUCUCCCAGCUCAAGGAUAAGAUCGACGAUCUUAGGAGAUGGGAAUCAGAAUUAAACGCCGCCACCACCACCACCACCACCACCACCGGAGUCUCCACAUCAGCCUGCCUAUGCGACGGCUUGACCCACCUCAAGAACCUACAACACUGCCUUGACGAUCUCCUCCAUCUUCCCCAGACGCAAGAGUCCCUCCGCCGUCGAUCUGACUGGGUCGAGAACCUACUGGAAGACUUCCUCCGCUUCGUCGACGUCUACGGCAUCUUCCGAAUUGCACUCCUGGCCCUCAAAGAACAACAGUUAACAGCUCAAGUGGCCAUAAGGAGGAGGGACGAAUCCAAGAUGGUCUCCUACGUGAAAGCCUGUAACAGGAAGGACAAAGAUAUGAGAAAGCUUGCGUCAGUCGUCCGAUGCAUCGGUAAGUGGUCGGCGCCGGCAAUGUCAUCGGAUUCUGAUGCUGAGUUGGCAGCUAUUCUAAGAGACGUGACCCAGGUCACGGUUUCGGUUUCCGUAGCACUCUUUAAUGGAAUCUCGUCGUCUUCAUCGUCAUCUGCGCCCGGAUCAUGGAUGAUGACGGGAUGGAGAUUGUCGAGAAAAACUCAGAAAAUCAAGAAACAGAAGGGAAUUAGGGAGUUUGAGGAAGCCGAAGUGCAGAGCCUACAGUUAUUGAGAAAAAAGGGAGAUGAAGAGGUGAUGAGGAUGACAUUGAGAAGAUUGCAAGCGUUGGACGAUUGUAUCGGAGGGAUCGAGAGUGGGACUGAGAAAGUGUUUAGGAGUUUAAUCAACACCAGAGUUUCACUGCUCAACGUUCUAACUCAAUACUAA